UUAGAAUUUAGAAUUGGAAAAGAAAAAGAAAAUUCAUUUCACUUCCUAUUUGGCUCUCUGUACACCGAAUCCGAUCUAUACUCUCCUUCAUCUCAAAUGCAUUCUCUUCUCCAUUCCAAUUGUAACAGCCUUACAUGCAAAAUCAUGUGGUUUUUUGAGUUUCAAUGGGUAAUUAAUCAGAAGACUCAAUGUAGAAGAUAGAAGAAGAAGUUGUGGGCUAAAGACUCAAGAUUAAAUUAGGGUUUUUAAUUGGGAACCAAAAUGGAGAAGAUGGAAUGAAGUAGAAAUCAAGAGGAGAUUUGAUUCAGAGAAAAUGAUGCAUGAAAGUUAUCAUUCCAUCAAACCCCAAAGAGGUGCAGUGAACGAGGUUGAUGUCAAUGGACAGAAAUUGAAUCGGAACAACAAAUGUGGAGCCCGUGCUGUUAGAAACAGAAUCUAUGAUCCUGAAAAUGGCACAAGUUGUCACCAGUGCCGACAAAAAAGAAAUGUUUUUUGUGCUGCUUGUAAGAAUCCAGGAGCUGGGAAGCCUUGCCUCCUUAAGUUCUGCCACAGCUGCCUCAAGAAUAGAUAUGGAGAAAUAGCACAAGAGGUAGAUCUGUUGAGUGACUGGAUGUGUCCUAAAUGCCGUGGCAUUUGUAACUGCAGUAUCUGCAUGAAACAAAGGGGUCAACAACCCACUGGUCGACUAGCUCGUAAAUCCAAGGCCCGCGGUUUUACCUCUGUUUCUGAAAUGCUAUGUAAGGAGUCUUCUGAAGAGUUGGAACUGAGCAAUUCAGCUGAUUUGCCGAUUAAGGAACAUACUUCAGAAAAGGAGCUUGUAGCGGGCCUAUCAGGGGAACCUGAUGGAAUUAAUGCUUUAAAGGAUGAACAUGUGAAAUCCAAAAAAGUGAAGCGGGAAAUUAAGGAAGAAAUUCCUUUUCCCACUUGCAUGGAGUUGACAACAAUACUGGACAUCGAGUUCACACAAGAAGAUGUCGGGAAUGUUUUGCAGUUUCUAGAAUUCUGUAGAAUAUUUGAAAAGGCUCUUGAUAUCAAGAAAGAAGAACCCGGAGCUAUUUUAAGGGCUUUGCGAAGUGGACAAAACACCUUAGUGGUUGAGUUCCAAACGAAGCUAUUAAAUUUGAUAGAUUCGGAACUUGAGUCUUCACCCAAAACUGCAAGUGAUGGAAAAAAUUCAUGGCUGAAGGUUCUGGAGGAGUUAACUAUUGCAUCUGAUCUUGUGCUAAAAGACUUUCCAGUUGAUUGGCUUAAAAAAGGCAAUAGUGGAUAUUGCAAUUUGGAUAUGUCGAACAAGCUCAGCCUUCUGAACUUUAUCUGCGAUGAAGCUCUGGGCACACUGAAGCUAAGGAAGUAUAUGGAUGAACAAAAUGAAAUAUUUGCUGAAGAAAAGAAAGCAGCAAAAACAAAGGUUGCUGAAGCUAAGGAAAAGGAAAGAAGUCUUAAACAGAAGUUAAAAGAUGAGAUAGCAAAACCUGUGAUAUCAAAUGAGGAUAGCCUCUCAAAUUCAGCACAUGCAGCUCUACUUGCAAAGAUUAAAAGUGAAGCAGCUGAAGCUCGCGCGGAGUUGAUUGGGGCAAAGGGCACAAUGCCUAAACGGAACCAAUGUUGUGAGACAUUGAGAAUUGAGCGCGAGUACAUAGAUAACAAUGGCAAGGCAUUAUGGAAACUAAGAAGCUAUAAUGAUGAUGUUUUCUUGUUACAAGAUGUGAAGAUCAAUGAUGAAGAUGCUUCUGAAGUUGACGAAAAAUGGUUUGUGUAUGCGCCAGAGCAGAAGGAAGAGGUUAACAAGUACAUUUCUUCUAGGAGAGUUUGAUUACCAAUUACAUGAUAGGGUUAUUUAAAGCUUGUAAAUGUAAGAAGGGUUCCAAUCUUUUGGUGAUGGAGACAAGGGUCCUUAGUUUUCAAUGUAAUUAGUUUCAAUUUGUAGCUGGUUUCUAUUAUUUUACUGUAAUUUUUGAAAUAAUUAGGAUGUUGAUUGACCAAAUAUGGAGGUGUAAUGUUUUUCAAUCAACAUUGGUUGCCAUUAAAAUUUUAUUAUAUUGCUGGUUUCUCUUUGCACGAUGAUUCCAUUUUGGCUAGCCAAAAUAUAAUUUUAGUCUUUGAUGUUUGAUCUUUGAGACUUUGACAUAGAAUAUAUUUUGAUCCUUCAUCUUUGCAAA